GUUGUGUUCUCGCGAGAACUCUGCCUUUCAGACCUUGGCUCGUGUUGGGCCGCGUCUCAGUCCGCCAAGGUCUCCUCGGAUCGCCGGGAGCAGCGCUCAGAGGUGGAACAGUGAACAGAAUGAGUACCUCACAGGACCAGAAUGGCUGCUCCAGUAAUAAAGAACCCCUUUUGAGGUGUUGUGAUGCACGGAGGGACUUGGAGCUUGCUAUUGGUGGAGUUCUUCGCGCUGAACAGCAAAUUAAAGAUAACUUGCGAGAGGUCAAAGCCCAGAUUCACAGCUGCAUAAGUCGUCACCUGGAAUGCCUUCGAAGCCGUGAAGUGUGGCUGUAUGAGCAGGUGGAUCUCAUCUAUCAGCUUAAAGAGGAAACGCUUCAGCAGCAGGCCCAACAGCUCUACUGGUUACUGGGCCAGUUCAAUUGUCUUAUUCAUCAGCUGGAGUGUACCCAAAACAAAGAUCUAGCCAAUCAAGUCUCUGUGUGCCUGGAGAGACUGGGCAGUUUGACCCUCAAACCUGAAGAUUCGACUGUCCUGCUUUUUGAAACUGACACAACUGCUCUACGCCAGGCCAUCACCACAUUUGGGUCCCUCAAGACCAUCCAAAUUCCUGAGCACCUGAUGGCUCAUGCUAGUUCAUCAAAUAUCGGGCCCUUCCUGGAGAAAAGAGGCUAUAUCCCAUUGCCAGAGCAGAAGUUAGCAUCCAGCACUGCAGUUGUCCCUCUCAGCGAAUGGCUCCUUGGAAGCAAACCUGCCAGUGGUCGCCAGGCUCCUUACAUACCCAGCACCAACCUCCAGGACUGGCUAACCCAAAAGCAGACCUUGGAAAAUAGUCAGACUUCUGCCAGAGCCUGCAAUUUCUUCAAUAAUGUCUGGGGUAACCUAAAGGGCUUGGAAAACUGGCUCCACAAGGGUCAGCAACAAGAAGUUUCUGAAAAACCAAGUUAUGAAAAGUGCAACAGCUCUCCUACUACCAGUUCUUACUCCAUUGAAACUGAAAAGGUUGGAGAUCUAGAGCUUCUUGACCAAGAUGAGAUGGACCUCUCUGAUUGGCUGAUGACUCCCCAGGAAUCACAUAAGCUGGAGAAGCCUAGGAAUGGCAGCUAUGAAACCAGUGAGAAGUUUAAGCUCUUGUUCCAGGUGUUCCAGGAGUCCUAUAGUGUGAAUGAUUGGCUUGUCAAGCCUGAUUCCUGUACCAAUUGUCAAGGUAACCAGCCCAAAGGUGUGGAGAUUGAAAACCUGGGCAAUCUGAAGUGCCUGAAUGACCACUUGGAGGCCAAGAAGCCCUUGUCCACUCCUAGUGUGAUUACUGAGGAUUGGCUUGUCCAGAACCGUCAAGACCCAUAUAAAGUAGAGGAGGUCUGCAGAGCUAAUGAGCCCUGUACAAGCUUUGCAGAGUGUGUGUGUGAUGAAAAUUGUGAGAAGGAAGCUCUGUGUAAAUGGCUUCUGAAGAAAGAAGGAAAGGAUAAAAAUGGUAUGCCUGUGGAACCAAAACCUGAGCCUGAGAAACAUAAAGAUUCCCUGAAUAUGUGGCUCUGUCAAUCCAGAAAAGAGGCAACAGAACAAGUUAAGUCAUCAAAGGCAAUGGCUUCUAGAAUUGCUGAUUCCUUCCAAAUCAUCAAGAACAGUCCCUUGUCAGAGUGGCUCAUCACCCCCUCAGGCAAAGAAGGAUGUUCCAAGGAAGUGCCUAGUACCCAGGACAGAGCUGGGAAACAAAAGCUUCCAACUUCCUGGUGUCCCUUUAACACAGCUGACUGGGUCUUGCCAGGAAAGAAGACAGGAAACCUUAGCCAGUUAUCCUCAGGAGAAGACAAGUGGAUACUUCGAAAGAAGGCUAAGGAAGUAUUACUUAAUUCACCCCUACGGGAAGAACAUAACUUUCCCCCAGAACGUUAUGGCCUCCCAGCAGUUUGUGAUCUCUUUGCCUGUAUGCAACUUAAAGUUGAUAAAGAAAAGUGGUUGUAUCGAACUCCUCUACAGAUGUGAAGGAACAGAGUUAAGAGUCAAGCAAAUUUUCUGCAGAGUAUCACAAAUCCAUGAGCUGAGUGACUGCGGCUUGCCAAAUCAUUGUGUUUCUGGGUCUGACGUAGUCCCUUUCCUGCCUAAUUUUGAACUAGUGAAGAGAAAUCUAUCAUUAGAUUAUGAGUUACUGUGUGGAAAAAAAAAAAGGCUGUUGAUGCUGAGGUGAUUCAGUUUCUUCUUACAGAAGUGUUAAUUUACCCUUCCGCUAGAAACAAAGCAUCUUAAUGGAUAGGUCUUUUUCAUAAGCCUUCAUGGCUCCUUAGAUUGGGUUGUUACUCUGAAGUACAUUAAAACACUGUAGUUUUAAAAAUGAAAUAGUUCCAUAAUCAAGGUGUGUUGAUGUAUUUUAAAGCUAGUAAACUUGCCUAACCUUUUGACUGCCCUUUGGAUGCUUCCCUUCCUGUAGGUUUUCUUCUAUUAAUGGUGAAUUCUUCUGUUUAAUUAGUACAAUAUAUUUCAUCCAAAUAAUUCACCUUGCCAAUAUAGUGAUUUUUUAUUAAAUGUGUAUUAAUUAAUGGCAAUUUUUGACAUUAAUUACAAAACACUUGCGCUUACAUGCCAGAUUCUACCAUUAUUUUUAUUCUUUUGAAAGAAACUCAGUUAUUGCAAGUUGUCUUUAUUCCCUUCUCUAAAUAUUACUAAAGUAUCUUGAGAACUCUGUCACAAGGGCUCCAUAUUGCUUGAAGACUAUAUUCUGACUUUUCCUAGCCUCUUUCAAAAUAUUCUAAAGAACUACAGGCAAGAGUCCAGUGCUGACUAAUCAGAAAGCAAAAGGCAAGACAUGUAAAUGUAGUACUUGAACUAAUCACUAUCCUCAGUGUUAUUGGUGCAUCCUGUGUAAAUGGAAGCUGAAUUUGUUACCUGGUGCUUUUAAUUAGGCAUAAAUUAACAAGUCUUCACUGCAAGAAUAGAAUACCUAUACCUCUAAAGUACAACGCAGUGACAUUUUAGUGAAUAGGCUGUUUUGAACACUUGUGCCUUGGGGUGUUUAUUGAAGCUUUAUGAAAACUAUUGGUACUUCCUUAGUAUCUUUAAAGUUAUAACCAUGCUUUAAAGAGUUUCUCUGUAGGAGAGAAAUGGCACAUAUACAAUGUUUUAAUAUUCUGAGACAUUUUAGCUGCUUUCCAGGCUUUUAAAUUAUUAAGCCAUUCAGCUUGCCAAUAUGUUAUUGGAAAUAGAAGUUUGUGAUGUCAUCCAGAAAGCCCUUUUAGGGAAACUGCAUUCCCAGUGUCAUUACCAUAGAGCUUCAUUAGAAAUCUUGAACCAUAGCUGAAACAAACGUAUUUUUUCAGUUCCCCCAGAUACCAUUUAGAAUUUUAAAGGUGGUGGGUAAAAACUUAAGGAAUCUUUUACAUUAUUUUAGGUUGCAGGAAACUUUGUAGAUUUUAAGGUUUAACACAUUGUGUAUCUCUAACUUACAUUAAUCACUAUGCUAAUGAGUACAUAAAACAUUCUUUUGCAUUGAUGCAUUUUGUACCACCCUCCAUUAAAAGCAUUAUAGCCA